AUGGUCAAGGAAACGAAGCUCUAUGACCAGCUGGGCGUCAAGCCUGACGCAACCCAGGACGAGAUCAAGAAGGGCUACAGGAAAGCAGCUCUAAAAUGGCACCCAGACAAGAACAAGGACAAUCCGGAUGCGGCCGAAAAGUUUAAGGAGUGCUCGCAAGCAUACGAGAUUCUCUCUGACCCGGAGAAGAGACAGACAUAUGACCAGUUCGGCUUGGAGUUCCUGCUGCGGGGUGGCGCACCAGCUCCGGAUGCCGGCGGCAACCCCUUCGCUGGGCAAGCAGGUGGCAUGCCUGGCGGAUUCAGCGGCUUCGACUUCGGCGGCGUGCCCUCUGGCGGCGGGACGAGGACAUUCCACUUCAGCACAGGUGGGGGUGGAAGUAAUGGAUUCCACUUCAGCGACCCAACGAGCAUUUUCUCCGAGUUUAUGCGAUCCGGAGGUGCGGGCAUGGGCGGCGCUGGCGGCGCCGGCGGUGAUGACUUUGACGACAUAUUUCAACACUUUGGCGGCGCUGGGCGAGCAUCUGCGGGCUCACGGUCGUCCCGGGUUCGCUCUACAUUCGGCGGUGCUGACGCCAUGGGAGGCGGCGCCAGAAGAGCUACAACACCUGAAGUGACCACAGUAGAGCGACCCCUGCCCGUGUCUCUGGAGGAUCUCUUCAAUGGAGUUACCAAGAAGAUGAAGAUCAAGCGCAAGAUGUUUGAUGACACAGGCAAGCGCACCACCACAGACACCGUCCUAGAAGUGCCCAUCAAACCAGGUCUCAAGAAGGGCAGCAAGAUCCGAUUCAAGGGUGUGGGGGAUCAAGAAGAGGGCGGACAGCAAGAUCUCGUCUUCAUCGUUGAGGAGAAGAAGCACCCCAUCUUCACCAGAGAAGGCGACGACGUCCAGAUGAAUGUUGAUCUCGACCUGAAGGAAGCUCUGACAGGCUGGAAGCGAACCGUCGCUACCAUUGACGGCAAGCAGAUUAAUUUGGACAAAUCUGGCCCUACGCAGCCCGGUUCUUCAGACACAUACCCAUCUCUCGGCAUGCCAAUCUCCAAAAAGCCUGGACAGAGGGGCAAUUUUGUCAUCAAGUACAACGUCAAGUUCCCCACAAGCCUCACAGGGGAUCAGAAGCGCAAGCUCAAGGAGAUCCUAUAA